UCAUUUUUUUUCUUCAUUUGCAUUGAAUAGGGGUUUAUAAAUAAACGAAAAACAACUCUUUCUAUAAAAGGCCGUGUUCAGGUGAUGCUCGUCCAGCGAGCCGGAGAAUCAGCUCAUCUGGACUGUCGAGCUUCAUCAUGGUGCAGAAAGUAGCAGUGAUCGGGGCGGGACUCUCAGGUCUGACCAGCAUUAAGGCCUGUCUGGAUGAGGGCUUGGAGCCGACCUGCUUUGAAAGCAGUGAUGACAUGGGUGGACUGUGGAAGUUCAAGGAAGUAUCAGAGCCCAACAGGGCCAGCAUCUACCGCUCCCUUACCAUUAAUAUCUCUAAAGAGAUGAUGUGCUUCAGUGACUUCCCCAUCCCAGCUGAUUACCCCAACUACAUGCACCACUCUAAAAUCCUAAAAUACUUCAGGAUGUAUGCAGAUCACUUCAAGCUACUCCAACGCAUUCGUUUCCAGACCUCAGUGAAGAGCGUCACCCAGAGACCAGACUUUUCUCACACCGGUCAGUGGGAGGUGGUCACAGAGGAUAAAGAUGGACUAGAGGAGAGGCAUGUCUUCGAUGCAGUUAUCUGCUGCUCUGGUCACUACACCUAUCCUAACCUGCCAUUCAAAGACUUCCCAGGAAUCGAAACCUUUGAAGGAAAAUACCUGCACAGUUGGGACUAUAAAGGACCUGAGGACAUGUACGGGAAGAGGGUGGUGGUCAUCGGCAUUGGUAACUCCGGAGGGGACAUUGCCGUAGAGGGCAGCAGAUUUGCAGAGCAGGUGUAUUUGAGCACUCGUCGUGGUGCUUGGGUCAUCCGUCAGGUUUCUGAUAAUGGCAUUCCAGUGGACAUGAAGUACAACACGCGCUUCUUGCACAUCCUGUUCCAGCUGCUGCCCAUCAACUUCUUCAACUGGAUUGGGGAGCAUAAACUCAACUUCAUGUACGACCACACCAUGUAUGGCCUGAAACCUAAACACAGACUCUUCAGUCAGAUUCCGGUGAUCAACGAUGACUUGCCGUUUAAGAUCCUGUCAGGCUCGGUCAUCGUCAAACCAAACGUGAAGGAAAUCCGUGGCUCCACUGUAGAGUUCGAAGAUGGCACCACCGUCGAAAAGGUGGAUAUGAUUGUGUUUGCCACAGGGUACAACUACGGUUUCCCCUACUUAUCAAAUGAUGUUCUGUAUAAAUCCGGACACCGUGUAGGUUUAUACAAACAUGUUUUCCACCCAAAUUUGGAGCAUCCCACUUUGGCAGUUGUGGGUUUCAUUCAUUCCCUCGGAGCCAUCAUGACUCAAGCAGAGAUGCAGGCCCGCUGGGUGGCACGGGUCUAUAAAGGACACAAAAAGUUGCCCUCAAACCAGUCCAUGAUCAAGGCUGUGGAAAAAGACACCAAAGACAUGGAGAAAAACUACAUCGUGUCAAAGCUGACCCCCCUGCAGGUGGACUUUGUUUCUUAUAUGGACAGUUUAGCUGGAGAGAUUGGAGCACGGCCCAGUCUGCUCUGGCUCUUCUUCACAGACUACCCUCUGUUCAAGAGGGUCCUUUGGGGGCCUGUCACAGCUUUCCAGUACCGUUUAAUGGGACCAGGGAAAUGGGACGGGGCCCGAAGAGCAAUCUUCACUCAGUUUGACCGCAUGUACCAGCCCCUAAAAACAAGAAAGCUGCCUGAGCAAGAGCCUUCCAUUGCAGCUCGUCUUUUCAAGCUGAGCCUGGCCGUUCUGGCUGGAGGAGGCGCUAUUUACUACUUUCAAACACAUAAACCAGACGCCAUACCCAACCUGCUGUCCAAGCUUCGCCCACAAACUGUCUAAAUGAGCUGCAUGGGUCCCUUGAUGAGAAAAGAUCUCUGAAACAUACAAAAAAAAAAAAAACAGCACAUCUGCUUAUUCUUAAUCUGCCGAACAGUCCAGUUUGAUUUAAUCCUCUUUGUGUUGGAAUUCAGGGAACUCUUCCUGGGAUCACUGUAUGAACAGGUGAUUGAUUGAUGACAUGACAGCAGUAUCACUCACUCUUUAAGUUACGUGAACUCUUGUGAGAAACUGAGACUUCAAUAAAUAAAUAAAUGAAUAAAGACAUCAGA